UUAUUAUUAUUAUUAUUAUUAUUACUAUGGCGUAAGUUAAGCCGAAGCAACAAAGGCGCGAUGUUUGAUGUAUCGCGCCCGCCAAUGUUGUAUGCGGAGGUACAUGUACCUGCAGUGUGGCGGCGGGUCGGUCGAUGUCAUCAGCUGCUGCUCCUCGCCAAUCAUCUUUUCCGUAGGCUCCCUCGACCAACAUCUACUCCCUAAGCGCCCUCACUUCUCCAACCUCUCUUUGGUAGUUAAAAGACAAGAAGAAGAAGUCAUAAGAGAAAUAAAUAUAAUGCCUCCUUUUCACCUCCCUCUCGAUCUGCUAUAACCAUCAUCCGCAUCUCGCUCACUUUGCAACCUCCUCUCCCAGCACUUUUCUCUCGCUAUACCAUACCACCAACCAAUACCCCUCCCGCCGGCGAAUUCGUUCCACGCCGUUCCUCCGUUAGACUAAAGCAAAUUCAGAAAGAAUGGCGCAAAGGAUCUUGAUGAACGAGUUCAAGAGCCUAGCUAGUGAAAAAUGGGUUCAUAUCGAGCUCAACAACGAUGACAUCUUCCACUGGAAUAUUGCCCUCAUAGUCCUGAACCCGGACUCCCUAUACUAUGGAGGCUACUUCAAAGCCACCAUGACCUUCCCGCAAAACUAUCCCUACUCACCACCAGGCUUCAAAUUCACCCACCCCCUCUUCCACCCAAACAUAUACCAAGACGGCCGCCUCUGCAUCUCCAUCCUCCAUACCCCAGGCGACGAUGAAAUGUCCGGCGAAACCGCCGCCGAACGCUGGUCGCCCGCCCAACGCGUCGAAUCCGUGCUCAUAUCCAUCCUCUCCCUCCUCGACGACGCUGAGGUCUCCUCUCCUGCCAACGUCGAUGCAGGCAUCAUGCUCCGCAAGGACCCGGAGUUGUAUAAGAAGACAGUGCUGGCGGACGUGGAGCGGAGCAAGGCGGAUAUACCAGCAGGCUUUGUGAUGCCGACGCACGAGUCGACGAUGGCGAUGAUUGCGGGGAAGAAGGGAGGAGGGGCUUUGGAGAAGAUGGAUGAGGAGGAUUUUUGGGUAGAUAGUGAUGUGGAUUAUGAUGAUGAUAUGUUUGGGGGCAGCGAUUCGGAUAAUGAGUUGGUGAUGGAUGAGGAUGAGGAUCAGGAUCAGGAUACAGGGAGUGAGGAAGAAGAAGGGAAUGAGGGGGAAGGAGAGAGGCCGGGCAAGGGGAAUUUAUAAGGGUCCGCUUGAAGAACCAGGGGGAGCAAGCGCAGGUAGUAGGAUCUGAUAGGGUCGGGUGGGAUUGAUGUGUUAACACUGAGAUCCCUUUUCUUUUUCCUCUCCUCUCUUGUCUCGUAUCAUCCUCCUCGGCACCCUUCCCUUUGCUCCUCCUCCCUCAUUCUCCCCUGGCCCCCUCCCGCCCUUCCCGGUCUACCCCCUAUAUAUCCCAUCCAUCUCCCAUUUCUCUUCCUUGUUCAAGCAUAUGCAUAGCGACAAAUUUCGUGUUAGCAUUUGGUGUUUAAUCGGCCUGGCGUGAGAUCUCCCCCACUCCAGUUUUCUGGUAUCAUUUUUGGUUUCUUCACGGCAAGCAACCGUGUUUCGCUUUUCUUUUUUUUUUUUUUUUCGAUUUUAUUCUAUUCCUUCAAUGCGUGUUGGGAUUAGAGACUGGGUUUGUUUCUUCUUGCCUUGCUUCUCGCGUCUGUUAUUUUCAUGUCCGCCUGGCUCCUUGUUAUUCAAGAUAUAGAUUUCCUUUUCUUCUUUUCUUUUUUCUUCUACUUUUUCGCCUCAGUUAUCUAUCAUCUUGUACUGCAUAUGCUUGCUAGCUAGCCCCCUUUCAAUACCAUCGAAUGAAAACAUCUUUCUCAUAUCAGACAGCA